AUGGGGCGCAUGGUAUACAACAUUUCCCACCCCACCAACCAAAAAUUGGUAGCGAAGCAGUACCAGAUCAGUCUAGGCAAGCUCCAAAAGAAUGUGGCUGCUGAUUUCAAGGAAGACAGUAAGUACCGCUUCUACCAAGGCAAGAACAUGGAGUCGCACCUCUACGAGGGAAUUCAGCCUGCUGAGUUCUACGACAAGCUCGAUAACGUGCUCGCAACCCAGAAGUCUGCCUUCAAGGUCAACAUCGCUCUUGGAUACAAGCUUGUCAGCAGAACUGAUGAUAGCGAGACUCGCUACUUCCACCCGAAUAUUAGCAACACGUCUGUAUUUAGCACUCCUGUAGCUAUCAACAGCAAGGCUGAUAUUCGUAAGAAGGUGAUCUCGGAGAUUCGCUCCAUGGAGUUGGCUGACAAGCUCAACUACCCCAGCUCCGGGUACAUGGUGAAGGGGCUUACUGGCUUCAAAAUCUAUAUCUACCAACGCGACCAUGCUCUGGGUGAUAGCGAGGCUGUCAUUCCUAAGCAGGAGGGAGCCAAGAAGGAUCCUCGCAGAAUCCAGGCUCUGGUGAAACAAGCCUUCAAGCAGUACUGUUCGUACAAGGAGAUCACCUACACUCUGGGUCUGUUCCGCAAUUUCAAGCCUAUCGACAUUCUCCAAUUCGAUGAGCUUGAGGAGUGCUUCAAGCUGAACAUCAACGUCUUCAACAUGGAUUUUGAGACGGGCAAGGUUGAAUGCAUUCGCUGCUCGGACAAGGACUAUGAUUCGAUCAACAUCCUGUCGCCCGAGAAUCACGCUCUCUACAUCACGAACGUUGAUAUGCUCCAGCAGAAGUACCAAUGCUCUACGUGUGAGAUGGUGUUUGUUAGCUCUGAUAAGCUACGCAACCACACUAAGAACCAAUGCGAACUCGUGAACAUCGAAUCGUUCCCAGCUCAGCCAACCAUCUACCAACCCGCUCCGAACAGCAUUCGUCCCAUGCUGACUCAGUACUCCAUCAAGGAUGCUGACCAUUACAUCGAUCACUUCAUUGUCUAUGAUUUUGAGGCUAUCCUCAAGCCUACGGGUGUCAAAAACGGAGAGAAUACUAUCUUCACAAACGAACACAUUCCUGUGUCUGUUACCGUGGCCGACAGCUUGACUGAGGAGGUGCGAUGCUUCGUCAGCAAUGACCCGAAGGAGUUGCUCAAGGAUAUGUUCCAGUACAUCGAGGAAGUUGCGGCUAAGAUUCAGCGGUACAACGUCUCGAAGUAUGAGACUUUGCUACACAAGAUCAUCAACGUCCAUGGUUUGACUGACGCUGAGGUUCCUGGCCUAGACUUGGGUAAGACGUACAAGAUGGAAGAUGUCAAUGCUUGGAUUCAGAACGGAGAUUUUGCUAGUUUCUUCGAUCUCCACAGCAAGCUCACAUUCGGUAAGAAGCGCUCUGACUAUGGAAACCUGAAGCAGUGCAUUGAUCAGGUACCAGUACUCGGAUUCAACUCUGGACGAUACGACAUCAAUCUUAUCAAGGCGGACCUGUUUGCAGUCAUCGAUACUGACAACAUCACAUCAGUCAUCAAGAACCCUAGCUACAUGUGCAUCGCCACGUCAGACAUGAAGAUGCUUGACAUUAGCAACUAUGUUCCGGCAGGCACCAGCUAUGCGAAGUACUUGUCGACAUAUCUCGGUGAGUGCAAGUGUGAUGACAAGAUUCGAUGCGUCUGUGGCCUAGGAAAAGGUAUCUUCCCGUACGAGUACAUUACGUCAUUUGACGUACUCAGUCAGUCGGAAGUCCCUCCUAAGUCAGCAUUCGACAGCACUAGCAUCAGUGAUGAGGACUUUGCGCGGGUACAGUUCGUAUGGGGGCACUAUGGCAUGAAGUCAAUCAAGGAUCUACUAAUUUGGUACAACAACCUCGAUGUAGUCCCCUUCAUCAAGGCCAUCAAAGCCCAGCGAGAACUAUUCAAACGUUUCGAACUUGAUAUAGUCCCAGCUAAGGCAUUCGACUUCCCUGAGCAGCGCUACCUAGGCUACAUCGAGCAAGAUGAGAAGGCUGACCGCGAGUUCGGUAUGACCAUACAACACCUGGAUGAGCUGCUAGAGCGUCAAAAGUACCUGUGUGGUCUAUGCUAUAAGCAACUCACAGCUGAUACUGCCUCGGCUGACCGAAUCAACAACAAGCUCGGACACAUUGAUGGCAAUAUCUUGAUCAGCUGUGUGGGAUGCAACGUUGCUCGCAAGAACAUGUCGCUCAAGGGCUUCCGCCACAAGAAGCUACUUGAAUUCAACUCAGACAGGUUGGUGUACAGUAUCGAUAGAGAGGAGAAGGACAUCUACACCAAGAUGAAGGCGAACAUUGCUGGUGGCCCUUCUAUCAUUUUCAACAGAUACGCGAAACGCAACGAGACCAAGAUUCGAGGGGGUAAGAUCUGCAAAAAAAUCAUCGGCUACGAUGCUAAUGCUCUGUAUUUGUGGGCUCUUGGUAACGAGAUGCCAUGUGGACGGUUGACCACCAUCGAGGCAUACACAGGGAUCGUCGAUGAUAUUGUAAAUGGCAAGAUCUUUGGCUUCCUAGAGUGUGAUAUCCGUACACCAGAGCAUCUCAAACCCUAUUUCAGUGAAAUGACCCCAAUUUUCAAGAACACCCUUAUCGACUGCAGCGAUCGGAGUGUCAUCGGUCAGCACAUGUUCGAGUACAACGAGGGGUGCAAGCAAAGCCGAGCAAAGCCGGCUCGCAAACUCAUCGGGAGCUACUUUGGUGAGAAGAUCCUCAUUUAUGCACCGCUACCCAAAUGGUACAUUUCUCAUGGCAUGGAGAUCACCAAGACUUACAGCUUCAUCAGGGCUAGCUCUCACAAGGCGUUUGCUCCAUUCAUGGAAGCCGUAUCGAACGCGCGACGGGAAGGUGAUGCCGAUAAGUCUAAGGCCAUGAUUGCUGAGAUGAUGAAACUAGUAGGUAAUUCAGCGUUCGGUCGCAGUGGCAUGGACAUGAGCAAGCAUAAGGAGGUCAAGUAUGAGUCGGAUGAGAAGGCAAUUAAAUCAAAGAUUGAGCACUUCACCUUCCAUGGAAUGGAAGAGUUGAAUGAUUCAUGUGAAUUCACAAUGAAGAAGAGAAAGCUCAACAACAAGAACCCAAUUCAUCUCUCGAUUGCAAUCUAUCAGCUCGCUAAGCUCCGCAUGCUUGAGUUCUACUACGAUUGUAUUGACUUCUACUUCGACCGCUCAAAUUUUCAGUAUCAGGAGAUGGACACCGACUCUGGCUACAUCGCUUUCAGCUGUGAAAAGCCAUUUGAGGAGUGCAUCAAGCCUGAGCUUCGUGAGCAUUUUCAGCAGCACAAGUAUGAGUGGUUCCCGCGCGACUAUAAUGAGACUGUAGCCAAGUUUGACCGUCGAACCCCUGGUUUAUUUAAGGAAGAGUGGUCUGGUGAUGCUAUGGUAUCAUUGUCCUCUAAGAACUACAUUUGCUACCUACCAGAUGAAUCUUACAAGGUCAAGGUUUCAGCGAAGGGAGUCCAGCAGAGUGCUGGACGCAAUGGCGACGUCCUCAACCCAGAUGGCUUUGAAUCAGUUGUUCGCGAUCGCAUCACGCUACAGGGUACCAACAAGGGGUUUAGACUCAGUAAGGAGACUAUGUUCUUUUUCAACCCCCGCAUCAUCGCCAGUUCAGGCGGCAGCUAUGGAGACAACAGCGAUCUCAACAUUGCUGAGCUCAAGUCCAUCAUGAAGAAUCUAAUCAUCCAUGACCGACCUCAACAGACCCAAGCAGCAGCAUGGGCUACUGACCUCGAUAAGUCAAUCAAGAAGGUGGAAGCAGCUACCCAAACGGAAGGUGGACGGGUAUGGGCGUACCAGCCGAAAAAAAAGUCGAAGAGCGUGAAAACCUUUGCUCUAUAG